AUGUCCGCAUCUACAGUUUCCAUCACCGCGAAUCAAGGGCCCACAACUCGCCGCCGAGCAGCCGAGAAGAAUAUUUCGGCCGCCGAUUCAGGUUUCGCGGCGGCCACCAUCGUCACUGAGUCUGAGAAUAGAGACGAUCGACCCAGUCCUGGUGACACUGCUGUCGCGAGGGAUGCAAGGAAAGUCCACACCCAUAUCCCGACGAGGAAGUCCGCACCAUCCAGAAAGCCUGCAAAGCCGCGAUGGCUCACUGUGAUCAGCAUUCUCACAAAGAAUCUGGCUUUGCUGGUAGUUAUACUGGGUUUUGUUCAGAUGACUAGGUGGGUGGUCUUGAAUUCUGGUCCUGAUGCUGAGGAUAUAUUGGCAAUUUCUGGGUAUUUCGAAGGGAAGUACUCGGAGAUGGAGAAGUUUGUUCGGACGACAGUGAAGGAGAUGCAGGUUCAGUUGAACGUGUAUGAUCAGAAGUUUGAGGAUGGGCUUGGAUCGGUUAGGAAGGAGUUUGAUGAGAAAAUUGAGAAGAAGGGGAAUGAACUUGACAUAAAAUUAAAGGCUCUUGGUGCACGGAAUGAUGUUUUUGAGAAGUUUAUGGAUGGUUUUCGAAACAAAAAUUUUCUAUUGAAGGAAGAAUUUGGUGAAUUUUAUGAGGAAUUCCUAAAGGCCCGAAAUUUUGGCGACGCUGGUGGUCUUGGUAAGGUUAGUUUGGAUGAGCUAAAGAAUUAUGCACAGGAGAUUGUGGCAAAGGAAAUUGGAAGGCAUGCAGCUGAUGGGUUGGGAAUGGUGGAUUAUGCGCUGGCAUCUGGAGGAGGAAGGGUGGUAAGGCACUCUGAGCCAUAUGGUGUUGUGAGACUAAGUGCAAGUACGAGUUGGUUAAUGAAUCGUAAUAGGGUGAGUGCAGAAGCUGAGAAGUUGAUUCGGCCAAGCUUUGGAGAGCCUGGGCAGUGUUUUCCUCUUAAAGGGCAGAAUGGAUUUGUCAAUAUAAAACUCAGGACUGCCAUUGUACCUGAAGCAGUGACACUUGAACAUGUUGCUAAGAGUGUGGCCUAUGAUAGGUCCAGUGCUCCCAAGCACUGCAGAGUAUCUGGAUGGAUGCAAGGGCAAGACUUGUCUGAUUUGGAAGUCCAAAGUGCAAAGAUGUUUCCUUUGGCCGAAUUCACCUAUGAUCUCGAGAAGAGCAACGUCCAGACUUUUAAUGUGAAGAUAGCAGACUCCAAUCUUGUCGACACUAUCAGGCUUGAUGUUAUAUCUAAUCACGGGAGUGCUUCUCAUACAUGCAUUUACCGACUGAGAGUGCAUGGUCGUGAAUUGAGCCCAAACCAUGCUUUGGAAAUGCAAGCUUGA